AUGAAGAAUAUUAUAGCUAACGAAAUCUUCAGGCAUUCCUCUCAGCUCUCCGCCCGAUGCCAGGCAGAACCCUGGCCUAGUAAUCUCGGAGGAUGGCCCGAGGAUUCUAGAAUGACAGUCGACAAGGCUGAUUCGGCCAUCUGUUGCCCCAUAGAUAGCCCCGAGCCCGAGCCCGAGCCCGAUCGUUGCAAGCCUCAAUCAAUCGCCAAGGGUCCAAGAUAUGGAAUCCAGCAAACCGACUGGAACCCGUCGCGAGCGGGCCACUCAGAGCCCAAAUUUCCUCCGGAUCCUCCACUGCUCUGGAUGAAAAUAAUGUGUCUGCCUGCUAAUGCCGGUCGUCUUCAAUCCCAAUUAGGAACCCUCACGGAGUCCGGCAAACACGGAGGGAAAAGUAGGCGCGAUUCCGACAUCCGGAAUUCCCAGGAAAAGGUUGUAUGGCAGUGGCUUUGCUUUCUAUCGGUUAAAAAGCCCCAAGCAUGUUCAAGGUCGGAUUUGUCCAAUGGACUCGGCGAAGGGAAUACCCGUACUGAACGGGAAGGAGCCUACUAGUACUAAGCCACCAUGAGGCUGUGUAUCAGGGCCAUCAGGAUCUCGGUAGGACGUAUUGUGGUAC